AUGUCCGGGGUAUUGCGGGCAAAACUGCCACCACCUCCGUCGUACGGAAGCUCUGGUGCAUUGCAUAGCGAUGCAGUUUUGGGCCACACGGUCGGCGCCCUACGCCUUCAUCGUUCCCCGCUUAACCGUGGUGUCCGUCGCACCACGGAAUGCCCCUGCGCGGUGCGACUGUACCACAUGACGGGCCACGACAUUGCUGCUCGCAGCGAGUACUGCAGCUUCGUCCUGGGUGCCCCGUCGGUUGGAAUCUCCCAGGCAGCUCAACCCCGAAUACCACCCGGCAAUCAAGAGGCCGCUGCGGCUUGGGCAGGCUCGUCGCCGUCGGCCGUCGGCAUCGCUGCUGUGGAGAAGCCCAUCGCGGUGCAGCUCGCCUGGGCAGACACCACCGUCUGGGAAGUCGCUUUGACGGCUCUGAGGGUCGUCCGAUCGAAGGUGGAUGCCGCGUACCAGGCCGACGCGAGGCACGCACUACGGCAGGCAAACAGCAACACCACUCCCAUGUCUGCUGCGCAGGACCGGCUGCGACAGAGGGCGGAGGAGGAUCACAGUGACAGCAAAGUGGAGGAGGAGGAGGCACCGUACUCCACUCCGCUCCCACGCUACCAGGUGGAGCUUCUGACCGGCACAGUGAGCCCUGAAGGCCGGGCAUCGGUCUUGCCGCUCUGCAUGGUUAGCUGUCGCCAAGUCGUCUACGGCCACUCGACGUUGCUGCCCGUGCGCAGAGCCGACUGCGUGCACUACAAUACAGCCUUGUACGAACUACCCUACAACCUCGGCGACCCAGUCUUCGUGACGUGCACCCGUACCCGGUGA